AUGCCACAUGUCAAGGUGCCACAAAAUGUUAAGGUGUCACAGCAUGUCAAGGUGCCACAUGUCAAGGUGCCGCAACAUGUCAAGGUGCCACAAAAUGUUAAGGUGCCACAACAUGUCAAGGUGCCGCAACAUGUCAAGGUGCCGCAACAUGUCAAGGUCCCACAUGUCAAGGUGCCACAACAUGUCAAGGUGCCACAUGUCAAGGUGCCGCAACAUGUCAAGGUGCCACAAAAUGUUAAGGUGUCACAGCAUGUCAAGGCGCCACAUGUCAAGGUGCCACAUCAUGUCAAGGUGCCACGGAAUGUCAAGGUGCCACAGCAUGUCAAGGUGCCACAACAUGUCAAGGUGCCACAGAAUGUCAAGGUGCCACAUGUUAAGGUGCCACAACAUGUCAAGGUGCCACAUGUUAAGGUGCCACAACAUGUCAAGGUGCCACAACAACUUGGGUUCUCAGUGGCAUUCAGCUGCCUGUCCAGGAUUUAG